UCUAGAUGGCAGUAGUACACAGCACACUGAUAGCGGAGGCGCUGGAGUAAAAGCUCAGAACAAGCAACAUUAAACUCGUGUUGAAGAUGAGAAGAAACAAAGAGGCUACACUUCAGCUUUUAUAAACUCUAGAGAGAUUAUUUAGCGAACACGACACAACUCCUGCCUUUAUUCAUUAUAUCCUGGCUCUUGACUGUCAAUUCCUCUGUGAAAGCGAUCAGGAAUAGCGGACUUUUAACGUGUUCAUAUGUAAACAGGUCUGAUUGAGGAGAGAAAUCAAGAUGUCCAAACGAGAGAAAAAAAAACAAUCAUUCAAGACAAAAGACAGAAAAUGUUUCACCUGCAUUCAGUGUGGAAAGAGUCUGGCAAACAAAGAGAAUCUCAAGAGUCACAUGAUGAUCCACACUGGAGAGAAACCAUUCACAUGCUCUCAGUGUGGGAAGAGUUUCAGUCAAUCAGGAAACCUUAAAAAUCACAUGAGGAUCCACACUGGAGAGAAACCAUUCACAUGUUCUCAGUGUGGAACGAGUCUGGCAAACAAAGAUACUCUCAAGAAUCACAUGAGGAUCCACACUGGAGAGAAACCAUUCACAUGUUCUCAGUGUGGGAAGAGUUUCAGUCUAUCAGGAAACUUUAAUAAUCACAUGUUGAUCCACACUGGAGAGAAAACGCACAAAUGUGAUCAGUGCUGCAAAACAUUUUUGAUGCUUUCAGGGCUGAAGAAACACCUUACAGUUCAUGCAAAGGAGAAGCCUUAUUCAUGCUCUGUGUGUGGAAAGAGUUAUAGUUGUAAAUAUAAUUUUAAAAAGCACGAGAAGAUCCACACCAGUGUGAAAGAGUACAUGUGCUUUGAGUGUGAGAGAACUUUUUUUACAUCUAGAGAAUUAAAACGACAUGAGAGCAUUCACACUGGAGAGAAACCUUACAAGUGUUCACACUGCGACAAGAAAUUCAGACUGUUAUCACAAUUAAAAAUACAUGAGAGGAUUCACACUGGAGAGAAACCGUACAAGUGUUCACACUGUGACAAAAGAUUCAUUACAUUAGGGGAGCUGAGAAGACAUGAGAGGUUUCACACUGGAGAGAAACCAUACAAGUGUUCACACUGUGAUAAAAGAUUCGUUACAUUAGGGGAGCUGAAAAAACAUGAGAGGAUUCACACUGGAGAGAAACCUUACAAGUGUUCACAUUGCGACAAGGCAUUCCGUGUGUUAGAACUUCUGAAAAGUCAUGAGAGGAUUCACACUGGAGAGAAACCGUACAAGUGUUCAGACUGUGACAUGAGAUUCAGUCGUUCCGGAAAUCUCAGAAAACAUAAGAGAAGGACUCAUGUUUGA